AUGCACAGACGCUCAUCGGGCUCCCCUGUCGAGGACGACACUGAAGAUUCCCCAACCCGAUCUCCAGACGACCAUGGCCAAGCCAUCGAGCCGAACGAUAAAUCGCGGUCGCAAAUAGCUAGGCACGGGACCAGUUUCGAUCUUCGCCGCGAUAAAGGUUCCUCGAAUCCGCGCUCGCGGAAUUCCAGCCUCUGGCGCACCCCGUCGUCUCAACCGUCCAACGAUACCAAAACCAUGCCAUUGGGCUCGCCCCGGCUUCCCCUGGAAGCUCCCUCGCCCGAUGGCCGUCCCGCGCGCCAGUCCCGUCUGCGCAGUACUUGGUCAAUUUCUAUCCUCACGGCGUUCACCACAUUGGCUGCCGUCGCGUUUUUAUUAUCGACCAUGCGCUCUUUUGCUACGAGACAGGUUGGCGGAGAUGGAUGCGGCGUGCCGAUGAUGAGUCCGACUUUUAUCCGGAUGCUGGAAUUCGACACGGAGCAUACGCGCUUCGCGAGCAAGUACAAUCUCUUCGUUUAUCGAGAGGAGGGCGUGGAUCCGUACACACAGGAUAAUAUCGGGUUGAAUGGUGUACCGGUGCUUUUCCUUCCUGGCAACGCUGGUAGUUACCGACAAGUCCGAUCACUGGCCGCGGAGGCCUCCCGGCAUUAUUACGAUGUUGUUCGACACGACGAUGAACGCCAUGCGGCUGGAACGCGCAGCUUGGACUUUUUCAUGGUGGAUUUCAAUGAGGACAUGGCCGCGUUCCAUGGGCAGACGUUGUUGGAUCAAGCUGAAUACGUGAACGAAGCCAUCUCCUACAUCCUCUCCCUCUAUCACGACCCGCGACGAACUCGCCGAGAUCCUGGUUUACCGGAUCCCAGUGCGGUGAUCCUAAUCGGCCACUCCAUGGGUGGAAUUGUGGCCCGCACUGCCCUGACCAUGGCCAACUACCAGGCCAACUCGGUCAACACGAUCAUCACCAUGUCUGCCCCGCACGCGAAACCACCCGUGUCCUUCGACUCCGAUAUCGUUCACACGUACAAGCAAAUCAACGACUACUGGCGUGAGGCCUACUCACAAACGUGGGCCAACAACAACCCAUUGUGGCAUGUGACGUUGAUCUCAAUCGCCGGCGGUGCGCGCGACACUGUGGUUCCGUCCGAUUACACCAGUAUCACAUCGCUCGUGCCCGAGACGCAUGGAUUCACCGUGUUCACAUCAUCUAUUCCCGGUGUGUGGAUCGGCAUGGAUCAUCUCUCGAUCACCUGGUGUGAUCAAUUCCGGAAAGCGAUUAUCAAGUCCCUGUUCGAUAUUAUUGACGCCCGGCGUCCAACCCAGACGAAACCGAGAGCAGAGCGUAUGCGAUCACUCAAGCGGUGGUACUUGACUGGAUUGGAGGCAGUCGCUGAAAGGACGCUGGCGCAGAAAGAGCCAAACACUCUGUUGACUCUUGAAGACAACGCCAACACAAUUCUGGCUCAGGGCCAGCGGCUUAUCCUCCGUGAACUGGGCUUGCAGCAUGGUCCGGAUGUGCGGCUAUUGCCGAUUCCGCCUCAGGGUGUAUCGGGCAAGAAGUUCACGCUCAUAACAGACCAGACUCUGGAUAAACAGGGAAAUAUCGAAGUGUUGUUCUGCAGCGUGUUCCCGUUGAAUAACGGCCGAUCCGCCAUCUUCUCCAUGAACUUGGAUUUCUCUGGAGGUACCGUGGGUUCGACUCGCUUGGCUUGUAAAAGUGCGGCGGACGAUGUCAUUCAUCUUCCUGCUUCAAGCCCGUCAUCGAAGAAUGCAUGGGAGCGUGUGCCGCCAUUCUCCUACCUUCAGUAUGAUCUGGAGGGUCUUGCAGAGCACCAAUUUGUAGCUGUUGUGGACAAGGCCAAUGUGCCCACACCGGGCUUCUUGGUCGCGGAGUUCUCGGACAGCUCAGACUCGAUGAUUCGGGCCAAGGUUGGCCUGGGCAGUUUGCUGGGUGCAGGUCUCAAGAUGAGACUUCCUGCCAACAGGCCCAUGCUCACUGAAGUGCAGGUCCCAGCAUUGCACUCCAGUCUUCUUGACUACCGACUCAAGAUCAUUCGGCACCCGCAAAAGGAGGAGCUUUUCGCUCCGCUGCUUCGACAGUCCAUCCCUGACCCUCAUGAGUCAAAGUUCUUUGUGAAUGUCGACGAGGUCAAUGUCAACCUACACGGAAUUGCACCAUAUAUGCCAACGCCGAUGCGUGAGCAGGCCGCUAAGGGCGGUGUGUCGUUCCAGCUAUGGACUGAUCCUAGCUCUGGCUCGACGGUCGACAUCUCGCUGCAGAUUGAUGUUGCUAGCAGUCUGGGCGAGCUGGUGAUGAGAUACCGCACUGUCUUUGCGGCCUUCCCGCUGCUGGUUGUGGCUCUUGUGCUCCGCAAGCAGUUCCAGAUCUACGACGCGACUGGUUCGUUCAUCCCCUUCACCGAUGGUCUCGACCGCGCCUUGCGCUCCUCCCUCCCAUUGUUGUUGGUGGCCAUGUCGUUGUUAGCAUCUUCUCUCGCUACCUCCAAAGCCCUUCCUCAGUCCGAUGACCCCUUCCAUUGGCGAACUAAUUCGACUGAAACUCCUCUUGAUUUUACAAAGAACGACCUUCUUCUGGGAUCGCAAGAUGCAUUUUUCUGGUUCCUUAUUCCAAUCUUUGGACUUAUCAGCGUUGGCGUUUGCGUCUUGGUUAAUUAUGCCGCCCUUAUUCUCGUCAACAUCUUUUCCCUUAUUUACGGAGCCGUGAACAGCAAGUCGGGUUAUAUUCGACGCGAAGACCGAGGAAACCUCCCGAUCUUCAGCUCACCUACCCCUCGGCGACGCGUGAUUCACACGGUAGUCCUGCUUAUUCUUGUCUCGACAAUCAUUCCGUACCAGUUUGCCUACAUGGUUGCGUGUAUCGUGCAGCUGGCCACGACUGUGCGGUCGCAGUGGCAUGCGAAGGAGACCAGGUCCGCCCAGCACAUCAAUUUCAACAACUAUGCGCAUUCUAUCCUCAUUCUGAUGUUGUGGAUCUUGCCCAUAAAUGUGCUGGUGCUUCUGGUCUGGGCACACAACCUCGUGGUGCACUGGUUCAUGCCCUUCUCCUCUCACCACAACGUACUGUCUGUCAUGCCGUUCCUCCUCCUCGUCGAGACGAUGACUAGCGGUGCGAUGAUCCCGCGGAUCACGAACCCGUUCAAACACGUCACCUCCAUAAUCUUUUUCGCCAUCGCCAUAUACUCCGCCAUUUACGGCGUGACAUACGCCUACCUCCUCCACCACCUAGCCAACCUCCUCUCGGCUUGGUUCGUCGGCAUUUACUUAGUCGGAAACAAUUUCUCCCCUCGUCGUCUCUGGCGCAUCAUCGACGGCGACGAGCUUCCUUCCGAAUCAGGGAGCCGCCACGUCAAGAAGAAGCCAUGA